UCAUAUCUCUCACAACAAAAUCAUCAUCCACACAUCUGUAAUUUCUCCUUCUCUCUCUAGAAACGUCAAUUAAACUCAUUUUCUCUCUCCUAAAAAGAGCUCAACAAAAAUGUCAGGCCGUGGAAAGGGAGGCAAGGGUUUGGGAAAGGGAGGAGCGAAGCGUCACAGGAAAGUUUUGAGGGAUAACAUCCAGGGAAUCACCAAGCCUGCCAUUCGUCGUCUUGCUAGAAGAGGUGGUGUGAAGCGUAUCAGCGGUCUGAUCUACGAAGAGACCCGUGGUGUCCUCAAGAUCUUUUUGGAGAACGUCAUUCGUGAUGCUGUCACCUAUACUGAGCACGCCAGGAGGAAGACUGUCACCGCUAUGGAUGUCGUCUAUGCCCUCAAGAGGCAAGGAAGAACUCUCUACGGUUUCGGCGGUUAAUUUCGGAAUUCUAGGGUUUCUGGUGAUGUUUUGGGGGAAAUGUGGUUGUUAGUAGGUAUGUUUGGGCUGAUAAUGAAAUUAGGGAUUAGAAUUUGUAGAUCUACUUGUCUUUAGUAGUACGAGUUUGGUGGCUUAGGAAUCUAGUGGUGGUGUUCUUGUGUAAUUGCUGGCUGUGAUUUCAAUGAAAUGAAUAUCUCGUUCAAUCUAA